CAGACAAGAGCGAGGCAAAAAGUUGUCAGCAAAAGAAGAGAUUAGGGAUUGUUUCAGGUAGAGUCACCCUUCCUUGGCAGGAGCAGGGGGUCUUAUGAAGAUCACCUCACUAGCGAUCAGGAAAUUCCAGACUAACUGGCUUAAAAUUCCACCGGGGGGUAAGGCUGAAACUACAUUUAGGUAAAACGUUAAGCCCUAGCUUGGUGACUUGGUCCAGGAGAAGUGACUUCAUGCUGGGCCUCUGUUUUAACACUAGUUAGAUAAACAAAGGAUUGAAACAGAAGCAAUGACUUGUACAAGGCAGCACCACAACAGGAACCAUUACUGAAAACAACCAGGAAGGCAAAGCCAUGUGUCCCAGGUCAAACCAUCAGCCAACCGCAAUGGGGUCAUCCAAACGGAGGCGCGCCUAAUGCCGCCCUUUCUGCCAGGCAGGGCCAGGGUUGGAACCCAGUUCGCGUGGGGCCUCCUUUCCUCUGGUCCUACAGCCCUCCAGCACCUUCUGAAGCCGUUUUCUGACGUUACUUGGCUUCCGCUCUUGAAGUGGGGGACAGGCGAGGCGGGAAGAAUUUGGACAGCGCCGCGACCGGGCCAGGCUUGUAGGCCUACCAGGAUGGACGGGCAUGCUGAAAUGGAGAUGCUGAGGACACUGAAGGGGCCCCCCACAGGAGAGGUCAGCGUGCACCUGGUGGCCAGAGACAGCCCAGGUUCCAGCGCUCACCUGCCGGCUACGGCCUUCAUCAUCCCAGCCAGCUCGGCCACCCUCGGCCUACCCAGCAGUGCCCUGGAUGUGUCCUGUUUUCCGCGGGAGCCAAUCCACGGGGGCGCCCCGGAGAGAGUGGCCGGCAGCGUACCAGUCACCGCCACUGUCCUGCCGCAGUUAAGCACCGGGCCGGCGGCCAGCUCUAGCGCCAGCACAGUGCGGCUCCUGGAGUGGACUGAGGCUGCGGCCCCACCUCCUGGGAGCGGCCUGCGGUUCCGGAUAAGCGAGUACGCGCCACUGACCAUGGUGGGAGCGGAGCAGCCUCCGAGUCCCGAGCUGCGACCGGAAGGCGUGGCCGAAUAUGGAGACGGCGAGGCCCCGGCGGGAGGUGGAGAUGUGGGCCCCCAACAGCCCGCGGACCUCCCCCAGGACCCUCUAGAAGAUCCCCCUCAGAACCCCGCAGAGAACGAUGGUACCUGUCAGUGCCAGGAGUGUGGUCCUCAGCAAGGUGCUGGUCCAGAACCUGGCUCCUCCAAUGAUGGCUGCCCCCAGCUGUUCCAGGAGCGGUCAGUCAUAGUGGAGAACUCCUCAGGCCAGAGCUCCUCUUGCAUCAGCUCUUCGGAGCUUCUCAAACCCAUGAAGAAGAGGAAGCGCCGGGAGUACCAGAGCCCAUCAGAGGAGGAGUCAGAGCCAGAGGCCGUGGAGAAGCAAGAAGAAGGAAAGGAUCCAGAGGGACACCCUGCUGGUAGCACUCCAGAAAGUGAGGAGUGGAGCAGCAGCCUGCCUGCAUCAGGAGAGAAAAAGAAAGGCUGGACAUGGGAGUCCUACCUUGAGGAGCAGAAGGCCAUCACUGCCCCUGUCAGCCUCUUUCAGGACUACCAAGCGGCCACUCAUAACAAGAAUGGCUUCAGACUGGGCAUGAAGUUGGAAGGCAUCGACCCUCAGCAUCCAUCCAUGUACUUCAUCCUCACUGUGGCAGAGGUGUGUGGCUACCGCCUACGUCUGCACUUUGAUGGGUAUUCCGAGUGCCAUGACUUCUGGAUCAAUGCCAACUCCCCUGACAUUCACCCUGCUGGCUGGUUCGAGAAGACGGGGCACAAGCUACAGCCCCCUAAAGGUUACAAGGAGGAGGAGUUCAGCUGGAGCCAGUACCUGCGCAGCACGAGAGCUCAGGCUGCCCCCAAGCACCUCUUUGUGAGCCAGAGCCACGUGAGUGCCCCUGAGCAAGAACGGACACCUGCCCCGGCGACAGAGUCACUGCAGCCGGCCAGGGGUCCCCCACCCCUGGGCUUCCAGGUGGGCAUGAAGCUGGAGGCUGUUGAUCGCAUGAACCCAUCCCUCAUCUGUGUGGCCAGUGUGACCGACGUGGUAGACAGCCGCUUCCUUGUGCACUUUGACAACUGGGAUGAUACUUACGACUACUGGUGUGACCCCAGCAGCCCCUACAUUCACCCAGUGGGCUGGUGCCAGAAGCAAGGAAAGCCCCUCACCCCUCCACAAGACUAUCCAGAUCCUGACAGCUUCUGUUGGGAGAACUAUCUGGAAGAAACUGGGACCUCUGCUGUGCCUGCCUGGGCCUUCAAGGUGCGACCCCCACACAGCUUCCUGGUCAACAUGAAGCUGGAGGCUGUGGACCGACGGAACCCAGCUCUGAUUCGUGUGGCCAGCGUGGAGGAUGUGGAGGACCAUCGGAUAAAGCUCCACUUUGAUGGCUGGAGUCAUGCCUAUGACUUCUGGAUCGACGCCGACCACCCAGACAUCCACCCUGCGGGCUGGUGUUCCAAGACAGGGCAUCCCCUGCAGCCUCCUCUCCGAUCCAGAGAGCCCAGUUCCACCUCCCCCGGGGGCUAUCCCCCUCUUAGCUAUCGGAGCCUGCCGCACUCUAGGACCUCCAAGUACAGCUUUCACCACCGGAAGUGCCCCACUCCUGGCUGUGAUGGCUCUGGUCACGUCACAGGCAAGUUCACAGCUCACCAUUGCCUCUCGGGCUGCCCACUGGCUGAGAGGAACCAGAGCCGGCUAAAGGCGGAGCUGUCCGAUACGGAGGCCUCGGCCCGUAAGAGGAACCUCCCAGGCUUCUCCCUAAGGAAGAAGCCUCGCCAUCAUGGCCGGAUUGGACGUCCUCCAAAGUAUCGGAAGAGCCCGCAAGAAGAUUUCCCGACACUGACUGCCGAUGCCAUGCCCCAGUCCCUCUUCCUGUCAGCCCUGUCGGCGCACCCCGACCGUUCCCUCUCCGUGUGCUGGGAACAGCACUGCAAGCUCCUGCCGGGAGUGGCGGGCAUCUCGGCCUCGGCAGUUGCCAAGUGGACCAUCGAUGAGGUCUUCGGCUUCGUUCAGACCCUGACAGGAUGUGAGGACCAAGCCCGACUCUUCAAAGAUGAGAUGAUUGACGGCGAGGCCUUCCUUUUGCUGACACAGGCAGACAUUGUGAAGAUCAUGAGCGUCAAGCUGGGCCCCGCCUUGAAGAUCUAUAAUGCCAUUCUCAUGUUCAAAAACGCGGAUGACACCUUAAAGUCCUUGGUCUUGUCCACCCCUCUGUGAAACUGAGAGAGUCUCGCUGGCUUUGUGGUGUGGAAAGGCAGCGAGUACGCACAGCAGUGCUGAGCUCACCGCUGCUGAGGAGCAGGGCUGGGACCGUUUUGCCGUGUGGUUCUGCCAGCCACACUCCUGAUGCGCGUCUACCGGAAAGACAGGAUGAACUGAGGGCCCUGGAGGAAAGCGCCUCCCAGACUCCGAACUUUGAGGCCUUAGUACUUUCUGCACCAACAUCAAACACUUUGGAAAGAAACCAAAUCAUAAAAGGGGAAGGAGAUCUGUUUUUUUGUUCACCCCACUGCCUCUUCACCCCCAUCCUGUUCCCAAAUGAGAUCCUCACACCGUGGCCUAGGAGCGCAGUGCUGGGAGGGUGUUGGCACCGGUGUCUGUGCCAUGUGCCCGUGCCAUGUGCCCUCUGCCCUGCUCUCUAGCAGCAGACACCGCUUACCCUUUGGCCCCCACAGCCUCACCCAGCCCUUGCCCAGCCCUGGCCUAGGGCAUUGAGGACCUUUCUGUUUAAUUUCUGAAGCAGAGAGAAUGAUCCCAGAGUAUGAAAAUGAAGCCUGUUUGCACUUUCAUUCACAUGCACUUUGGUGGAGUUCCUUUUUUUGUACUUGCCUUGUGUGUGUGUGUAUGUGUGUGUGUGUGUGCACAUGCACACGUGUGUGUGUUCUUUAAGAGAAUCCUCUGGUUUAAGAUAAAGUGAUUCUUGACUCUUGAGGGAGAAAAAGAUAAAAUGUGGUGUGUCUUGUCAGUGUAUUGAAACAACACAAAUAAACUUGAACUACUGGAUAAUAUGCAGUCAGAGUCCAUUUCUAUUUUCAUGAUAAAACAUCCCCAAAACACAAAUAUCAGUAGUGCCUUUGCUGAGGAGAA